CUCUGGGAUUCUGGGAAGAGCGCAGGUUGAUUGUAAUUGUAAGGUUAAAGUCCAAACUUCACUUAUUUUAUUUAUACAGUAAUUGUAGUUCUAUUAUUUAAGUUUUUUAAAAUGGCUAGAGUUUUAGUUGGAGUAAAAAGAGUAAUCGACUAUGCCGUAAAGAUUCGAGUUAAGCCCGAUAAAACAGGUGUCGUAACCGAUGGAAUAAAACAUUCAAUGAAUCCCUUCGAUGAAAUUGCUGUAGAAGAGGCUGUUCGUUUAAAGGAGAAGAAAGUUGCUUCUGAAAUCAUUGCUGUAUCAUGUGGACCAGCACAGUCCCAAGAAGUUCUAAGAACUGCUUUGGCUAUGGGGGUUGAUAAAGGAAUUCACGUUGAAGUUUCUGGACCUGAAUACGAAACUUUGCAACCAAUACAUGUGUCAAAAAUUUUAGCCAAGAUUGCUCAGAAUGAAAAAGCUGAUCUAGUGAUUGUGGGAAAACAGGCUAUUGAUGAUGAUUGUAAUCAGACAGCUCAAAUGACAGCAGCAGUUUUAGACUGGCCUCAAGCGACAUUUACAUCCAAAUUGGAAAAAGGUGACAAAGAUCUCACAGUUACAAGAGAAAUUGAUGGUGGUUUGGAAACUGUAAAAUGCAAAAUUCCAGCUGUGAUAAGUGCUGAUUUACGUCUAAAUGAGCCAAGAUAUGCUACUUUACCUAACAUUAUGAAAGCAAAGAAGAAACCAAUUCAAAAACUAACUCCCAAAGAUUUAGGAGUUGAUAUAUCUCCAAGAAUCAAAGUUAUAAGUGUAGAAGAUCCUCCAGUUCGCCAAGCAGGAGCUGUUCUUCCAGAUGUUGAUGCAUUAAUUGGGAAAUUAAAGGAAGGAGGACAUGUAUGAUGUGGAAAUGAGAGACACAUCUUUUUUACUCAAUAAAAAAGUACAACUGAAAGAGCCUACACAUAUUUUCUACUCCCUAUUUUGUUAUAGCCAUUGUUGUAAAUAAAUAAUAGAUUUGCUAA